AGAAUGAUUGGUUAUUAAUUGUUAUGAUUAGAGAUCGAAUUGCAUUAGUUGAGGCUGAGCAACAUGAAAGGGCGCAUGGAGCGAGACGAGGACCUAACCCUUUUCAGGGAAUUGCGGAAGCGCCAGAAUGAACGCAUUUCUAGCCUUUUGCAUUGUGUUAAUUCUGAAGAGUUUGAAUGCACCACUAACACCCACACUGAUACUGGAAAUUUUUCACUUUAUAGAAUUCAGUCAGGGAAGAAAGAAAAUGGACUUGAGUUUCUGGAAACAAACAAAAAUGACUAUGAUUGGUUGAAAACACCACCUGCUACUCCUCUGUUUCCAUCCCUUGAAAUGGAACCUGGUCCUCAACUUGUCGUUCAAAAGGAGAUACCAAUUUCUCAGCCCAUCUCAAGAUUUGCACGGAGUGAUGUGGAAGUACCAAAGCCCAAACCAAUUGAUGUCAAAACAAACUAUGCAAACUCAACCAAACCAAGGCUUUCAACAAGGUCAAUGACCCCAAGUCACACAAGGCAAAGACCAAGCAUAAUCAAGAACACAAAUGAACAACAAAAAAGAACUCCCCCUACCAUUACCAACAAGAUCACUAAACAUGAUGCAACCAAAAUUGAACAUGAUGCAGGCACCAACACAAAAUCCACUCCCCAAAAGCAACCCAACAAUGCUGAUUUCCUUGCUUUGAACAUCAAGAAAAGCACAGAAACAAACGAGUCACAAAAAAAGGCAAGAGCUAGAGGGGUUUCUCCAUCUAUUAGGUCAAGGGUUGUGCUUGUAAGUAGCAUGGUAGAACUCUCAAAUGAGGCACCACCAAAUCUAAGGACGGAUCAGAGGUCAAGUUCUACCACUCGAGGACGAAGCACAAUUCGAUCUUCUACAGUUUUAGGGUUUCAAAAUAGGGAUCCUACUCCAAAAGCAUGUAGGGCAUCAAGGUCACCAUCACCAAGCAUGGCUAGUGGUGGUUGGAACCAGUUAGAAAGGACUCAGAAAAAUUUGAGGGCACAAAAAGAAACAUUCACUCUAGCAGCGGGUGCUAAUGAAGGUAGAGCACCUUUUAAGGGAAGUAAGAUGGUGGAGAAAGUAGUGAAUGCUAGAAAAUCUAGUUUGAAUCAAACGGAUAAAGAAACCAAAGCAAAAGCUUUCAAAUAUAGGGAAAAAUGAAAAGAGAAACCGUUGCACAAGGCUAGUCCAGCAAUGGUCACACUAGAGUUUUUUGCUGCUGUGUGUUCAUAUAAAAAUGACGAGCUAGUAGACUAGUAGUGGCAAGGGAAUCUUCUGUCAAAAAAAAAAAAAAAUGUUAAAACGUCUUUGUUGUAACAAAAUGAGACAUCAUGAAAGUACUACGUAGGAGAACAUUGGGAAAACUUGAUUCGACCACCCAGAGUAACUUAUAUCCUGAAUUAAUUAACG